ACUGCCUGAGCCUGACUUCUGUGCCUCUCCCUGUGGGAUAAUGAAUAAACUAAGCAGCAAAGAGUCGCCUUUUUGAAUAGAAGAUACAAAAGAAGAAGACCUGGCUUGGCUUAGAACAUUAAGUGGAUGGUGCAGAAAUUGAAAUAAGAUUGAAAUAAGAAAUGCCAGGGCAGAAGAAGCAGGCCUUGUUGUGUCUGUUUUGUUAUGUGUGAGAGCCCUGCAGCUCCGAUCAAAUGAAAAUGAUGACAUGAAGACCUCUGUAUGCAAAACAAUUGCAUGCCUUCUGCCGGAAGACCUCAAAGUAAGAAGAGCAUGUCAGCUCACUGACUACUUACUCGAGCCAAAUGAGGAAAGAUACAGUCUACUAGAAGAGCUCUACCUGCAACCAGAUCAAAAAUUGGAUGGAAAAAACUUCCUGUGUUGUGAGCUGCUGUUGGCUUUAAAGGUGUAUUGGCUAUUUGAUCCAGAAUUUUGGGACUGGAAAACUCUGAAGCGACACUGGAGAAGAAAAGAAGUUUCUGAUUUGGGGGAUGAUCUAAGUUGCAGGAAGAUGUCUUUCAAUGAAACUGCGAUGUUAGAUGUUUUCCUAAGUGAUAGUGAAGAUAAUAAUUCUGAAGGUCAAGAUAUAAUCAAUCAGCCUAAAGUGAGAGUUAAAAAGCCCAUUGGGUCCUCAGAAAGGUACCAGAGGUGGCUUCAGUACAAAUUUUUCUGUGCUAUUUGCAAAAAGGAAUGUAUAGAGGCCAGAAUACUUCACCAUUCUAAGAUGCAUAUGGAAGAUGGCAUUUAUACAUGUCCAGUGUGUAUAAAAAAGUUCAAGAGGAAGGAUGUCUUUGUGACGCAUGUGAUGGAACAUGUAAAAAUGCCUCCUAGUAGAAAAUACCGUGGUAAGAAGAAGUUGCUGUUGAAAAAAGAGAGGCUGGCAAAUAGCAGUCUAGCCAGAAUUGCUUCUGUGGCUCUUGAAGAACAACCCAGAACUGACGUGCAGGAUUAUGUCACGUUUAGUAAGCUAGAAAACUGCCACUUGCAGGACAGGGACCUGUACCCAUGCCCAGGCACGGAUUGCUCUAAGGUGUAUAAGCAGUUCAAGUACUUAAGUGUUCACUUGAAAGCAGAACACGAAAAUGAUCAAAAUGCAAUACACUACAUGGACAUGAAAAACAGGAGAGAGAGGUGUUCAUACUGCAGGCGGCAUUUUGUUUCGGUAUUCCAUCUACAGGAGCAUGAACACGUGCACAGUGGCCCCCAGCCAUACAUGUGUGUGUCAGUGGGCUGCUAUGCUAGGUUUGGAUCAGUGAAUGAGCUGCUCCAUCACAAGCAGCAACAUGACAAUCUGCGUUAUAAAUGUGAGCUCAGUGGCUGUAACCUUGUUUUCAGUGACUUAGGGCAACUCUACCACCACGAAGCCCAGCAUUUUAGGGAUGCUUCUUACGCAUGCAACUUUAGUGGCUGUAAAAAAAUUCUACUAUUUCGAAACCGAGUUUAUGGAUCACAUGUCAAUGCAUAUUUCAGAUGGUGAAAUUAAGAAGGUACGGAUUAAGCAGGAGGAAAAUGUUUCUGGGGACAGUCUUACUUGCCUUUCAGAUUCGGAGGUAUUUGAACAAAAAGAUCCCACUUGCCUGCAUGAGAGUCUUAAUUUGCCUUCAGGAUCUACAAAUUCAGAGGGAAUCCAGCAGGUUAAGCUAGAACCUACAAACUCGGAGGGAGUCCUGCAAGUUAAACAGGAAGCUAUGUUUGAUGGAGAGGUAGAUAUUAAAGUAAUGACAGUUUAAGAAGCAAUAUUGGACCCCCUAGCCAGUGAGAUACAGUUGGUGCCAUUGACUGAAGCAAUAGAUUUGGCCAGGCAACUCCUUUCUCUUAAACUCCCCUGUUAAAAUGUUUUGAUGUGGGUUAAGCAGAUACAUAGUUAUUUUAGUCUAACAUAGUGUUUUAUUGUCCGACAUAGAAUUUUAAAAUCCUUCUCUGGUUAUUUUUGUGCUUU